AGAAGCCCUUUAAAUGUAAUGAGUGUGGAAAAGCCUUUAGCCAGAAGGAAAACCUAAUUAUCCAUCAAAGAAUACAUACUGGAGAGAAACCUUAUGAAUGUAAAGGAUGUGGGAAAGCUUUCAUUCAAAAGUCAAGUCUCAUUAGACACCAGAGAAGUCAUACAGGAGAGAAACCCUAUAUAUGUAAGGAAUGGGAAAGCCUUCAGUGGCAAGUCAAAUCUCACUGAGCAUGAGAAAAUUCAUAUUGGAGAGAAACCCUAUAAGUGUAAUGAAUGUGGAACAAUUUUUAGACAGAAGCAGUACCUCAUAAAACAUCAUAAUAUUCAUACAGGAGAAAAACCCUAUGAAUGUAAUAAAUGUGGAAAAGCCUUCUCUCGAAUCACAUCACUUAUUGUACACGUAAGAAUCCAUACAGGUGAUAAACCUUAUGAAUGUAAAAUAUGUGGGAAAGCCUUCUGUCAGAGUUCUUCUCUUACUGUGCAUAUGAGAAGCCAUACAGGUGAGAAGCCCUAUGGUUGCAAUGAAUGUGGGAAAGCCUUCUCUCAGUUCUCAACCCUUGCUCUACAUAUGAGAAUCCAUACUGGAGAAAAACCUUACCAGUGUACAGAAUGUGGGAAAGCGUUUAGCCAGAAGUCACAUCACAUCAGACACCAGAGAAUUCAUACUCAUUAAAGCUCUGUGACUGCCUUGAAUUUAGGAAAACCUUCAACAGAAUUCAUACUAAUAGUAUUUCAGAAAGUUCAUUUUAUAGUAAAGUGUUAUGAAUGUGAAGGUUCUUCAAAACUUAAGGUAAUAAGAAUUUUAAGUAAGUAUACUGUCAUGAAAACCCAGAUCUCCAUGACUCCCAGUACAAACAUUAUUUAUGCUAUAAUUUCAGGAACAUUUUCAGUGAAAUAAGGAUUAAGUCAUGGACACUGAUCAACAUGGUUCUAAAACACCCACCUGAUGUGUUAAGACAACACAAUACAAAUAUGAGGUAUUUGUAACUAGAGGAGACAAAACUGUCCUUUUUGGUCAUAUUUUCUGUAAUUACAUCAUCAAAAUUAGUUGCUUUUGAUGCAGUCAAGAGAACAGACUGUGACAGAAUAUUGUAUCCAGAAACAUGCAUGCCUUUAUAGGAAAUUGGUAAUUAACAGAGGUGGUAUCACAAGUUGGUAGGGAAAUCAUGGAAUGUUUUAAAAAAUGGUCUCAGGGUAACUGACUCUUCAUAUAGAAAGAUAAUAGAUUUUUGGUGUUGUCUUGAAAUAUUUACUUACUUUGAAAUCCAAAAGUAUUGUGGAUUAAUACAAACAGCAAAACAUAAGGAUUUUGCAGGAAAAUAAUUUUUAAACCAUGGGAUAGGACAAAAUUUCUAAAAUAGAUUCCAGAAUACCCACUCUUGAAUAUACACACACACACAAAACAAACACUGAGUGUAUGUGUAUGUAAAAUAAACAUAUAUACUCAAGAAAACAAAUCUUAUACCUUUAUCUUGGUUGCAGCAUGAAUUAUUAAAAAGGUGGAAAGAAAUAUAUGUUGCUUGUGAAAUGGUUAAAUAAAGUGUGAUGUAGUCACACAGAAUAUUCUAUAGUAGUUAAGUAUAAACAUAUUAACAAAGAUCUAAAUCAUGUAAAGAAUGGUAAUUACAAUGAUAACUGUGUGAAUUAAAUCAGCGCUAGUAUUCAAUGUUGGUUACGUUAAAUAUUUUCAUGUAAAACUGAAGAACAGAUUAAAAGGAUCCACAUUCGGUUCAUGAAAGUUUUCAUUUCUAGGAAGAAAAGUGAUGCAAGGGAAGUAGGACCGAACAUGGUAAUUAAAAAGAGAUAAAGUUUCCAAGUAAAUAUAACAAUGUUAGUUAAUUUUGGUUUAGAGUAUGCUCUGUGUGUUCUCUUAAUUCUGCUAUUUCUUUAAAACCUCUGUUAAAAAAAAGAUGAGUAUAUAUGCUGUAUAUGGAGUCACACUCCUAGCCAGAUGUUAAUAUAGAAAGAUUUCUAAAGUAUCAUUACUAUAAAAUGAAGCAACUUUUUAACUGAGGUGGUAGCUUAAAUGCAGUUAAUUUACUCACGGCACAUCACUACCCUAUAUGGUCACUACUCAGAAGUUAAAGCAUGAUUUGCAGCAGGUCGGGUUACAUAUUUAACAGUCAUAUCAUUUAAUAAUACAUGCACAGUUCUGGUGGAGAGAACUUAUUUUACUAAAACACCAGGAAUUUUAAUGUCAUUUUAACACCAUAACCAAGUGGCAUUGCAAAUUGUUAAAAUGAAAUCCUGUUAACUUUUGUCUUUUUAAUAUACCACUGAGUAAAACAUUAACUCUUGCAUCUCAACUUCAAUGUCGGCUUUAGGUUUCUAUUUUUUCUCAGUUCUGCCAGACACAUGCAGUCCUUCCCACUCCGUUUUCUUGGAGAAAUGGUGAUUUAAAAAGGAGAUCAUGGGCCUAAACAGUAUUUCAUUGAAAGGGAAUUCUUUUUAAGAAUUUUUAUUUACUUGAUUCCCUUUUCAAAAUAACCUGACACAGAAAAUUGUGGCUAUUAGCACUUUUGAAGGUGAGCAUUGAGACAGGAUUAUAAGUUAUGUGAAGGAAAUGGCAUUGAUUACACUCAGUCUUCCUGUCCUAAAGCAUAGUGGGUGUUUGUAUUUGUUCAAAUCGUGACGCCUUCAACAUGAGGAUUCUGAACAGUAACGUGAAGCCCAUCCCAGCUUUGUGGAUUGAAAUGUUGCUGAGUGGUAUGCCUGUAUGUCUACAUGUAUCGAAGUUAUCCUCUUGUUUUAUUCUAUUCCUUUUCGAACAUUCUUUCCUAGUCCUGAAGUAUUCUUUCCUGUGCUUGUGCAGCUUUGUGACAAGAGGGCCAAGGAACUAACUGAGACCAAACUAAGGAGGACUAAACCCUUCCAGGGGUGACUAGGCACAGCCAGAAAGGAUGACUGACGGUCAGGCACUGUAGCUGGGCCGUCUGCACAGUGGUCUGUGAUUCUGUGUCCUACGCGUGCAUUCAGCCAUCCCUCUAGUGAUUCAGUUUGCUGCUUGCUAUUUACUACCAUCAGCAAAAUUAUAAUUAACAGCCUGCUAAUUGGCCCUUACAUAUCCGAGAUUUUUAUUUCUGGGGUAGGGAAAAUAGGCAAAAGGGAAGCUAGGUCAAAAAAUACAUGCUGUGUGUAAGUUGCAAGAGAGGCUGCCAUUGAAUUAUCAACAUGACAGGUUUCUUCUAUGCCUACAAUAAACAUACUAAAAUUCAUGCUUGUCUGAUGAGUAUAAACCUCACCUGUUCCUAGACAUGCUUCUUUGUAUAUUUUCACAUCAUUUUCUUAUAGAAUUAUCUUUUUGUCAAUGUUGAAGACCUGUUAAGUAUGUUAGAGCGUAGAAGUUUGUCAUACAAUCCUUUUUUUGUACAAAAUUUGUUAAAUUGUCUAUGUAACCAAAUAUAUUGAAAUUUUUCUGAGUUUAUAGAUUAAGAUUUUCAUCUGCAUUGUAUUUGUUAUUAGGUUUUCUUGCAUGUUGCUUAUUUCCUUAUUCAAUAUGUAAAUAUUUAAUCCAUCUAGACCUUAAUGUCAUAUGGUAGGAAUUUGUUAUUUUCUUCAAGAUGGGUUUCUGGUUGUACAAAUGAUUUGUUCUUCUGUUCAGCAGCUCUGAUACCAUCUUUCUGUACACCAGCAGCAAUCACAUGUUUGAAAUGGUAAUAAAAAAGAAA